GCACUGACGUACGCCCAUAUCACCAGGAAUGAAGCUAAUUUAUCGUGUCGCACACAUAUCGCUUGUACUUUUCCUGUCUGCUUUACUCAUCUAUAGCGUCUACUAUGCUUUCGCCAUACUGGUCGAGGACCGGCGUCCCCACUUACCGCCUCCGAAAGAGGACGUUGGCCCUCGCAAACCAUCACCACAAGAUAUAGCUAGGUCUAUGAAUACGAUGUGGAAUUAUCUCGACGAUUGGGACGAGGACCAUUGUAUUAAUGUAUGCGAAGCGUCCUGGACCGCGUGUCGGUUGAGGAGUUGCGACCACCUUCCUGGAGUUCGAAAGCAGGAGCUGUGA